UAAUCAAUUGUAGUAUACUCUUUUGAGCCUCUCUCUUUCUUCCUCGUGGGAGGGGAACGACUACUUGUCCUUGUAAAAGAUCUCCCCUUUUAACUCAACUUGAUUUUGUUGUUCUCUCUCUGUUUUUUUUUUUUUUUUUUUCAUUUCUCUUGAUCUCCCUUUCCUCCUCCUCCCCUGUGCUUAAUCCUUAUUUUUGUUGAAGAUGCUCCCUUUUUGAUCUUUGAACGCCAGAGAAGAGAAAAAUAUGGGAGCAUGUGUGUCAACUCCAGAGGGGUGUGUGGGUGGCAGAUUGAAGUCUUCAAAAAAGAUGAAGAUACGCAGGAAAGGCAAGAAAGGCACUGCUUUCAAGAGAAGAUCAGUGCCGCCAUCUAGAAUGUUAUCUGAUGACAAGUCUGAUGGCCCUGCUUCUGCUGCUGCUCCUCCUCCUCACCUCCCUUCCUUCACCAACCCCACUUUUCAAGCAGGAAGUAAGGAGGAAGCAUGGUUUGACUCAGCUGCAACAUUGGAGUCUGAUUGUGAUGAAGAUUUUGAAAGUGUUCCAGACGAUAUCUUAUCCCUAAAUGGAUUUGACGGUGUAUCACUCUCAAGCACUGCAUCUGGCAGAGUUGCCAAUCAUGGAGACUGUAAUGUCAAUAUGCAACAUUCCUCAUUCACUGAUCAGAUGCAGAAGGCAGGGGAUUUAUCUGCAGGAAAUUCCACACAUGACUCCGUUAGUGAGGCUACUGAACAAACAAAUAUUCAUGUCUUCAAUUUAGAUCAUGUUGAUUCUGUAUCCAAGUCUGAUGGAUCUUCAAAUGAAGUAAAGCAACCUGUGUUCCUCGAUGAAAUCACCUCUGCAGAUGAAAAUGCUGGAGAGGAAGGAUUAUUAGACAAUUGUGGAAUUCUUCCAGGCAACUGUUUGCCUUGUCUUGCUUCAACUGUUCCACCUGUUGAAAAGAGGAGAUCACUUAGCUCCAGUCCACCAAGUGCAAGGAAAAAGGGUGCCUUAAAACUCCCAUUCAAGUGGAAGGAAGGGAAUUCUAGUAACACUUUAUUUUUGUUCUUUAUGGUUUCAGUUUCUUCAAAGAUGAUUCUGCACAGACCAAUAGCAGGUUCACAAGUACCCUUUUGCCCUAUGGAAAAGAAAAUGCUUGAUUGUUGGUCUCAUAUUGAGCCAUGCAGUUUCAAAGUUCGAGGACAAAGUUAUUUCAGGGACAAGAAGAAGGAAUUUGCUCCUAACUGUUCUGCAUAUUACCCAUUUGGUGUUGAUGUAUUCUUGUCUCCACGAAAAGUUGAUCAUAUUGCUCGGUUUGUGGACCUCCCAGUUAUUAACUCCGCUGGGAACUUCCCACCCAUCCUUGUUGUAAAUGUUCAGGUUCCUUUGUAUCCUGCUGCAAUUUUUCAGAGUGAAAGUGAUGGAGAAGGAACAAAUUUUGUUUUGUAUUUUAAGCUUUCUGAUAGUUACUCGAAGGAACUUCCAACCCGCUUUCAAGAAAGUAUCAGACGAUUAAUUGAUGAUGAAGUUGAAAAGGUCAAAGGCUUCCCUGUAGAUACAAUUGCAUCCUUCCGGGAAAGGCUGAAGAUAUUGGGCCGUGUUGUAAAUGUAGAAGAUCUUCAUUUAAGUGCUGCAGAAAGGAAACUCAUGCAGGCCUACAAUGAGAAACCUGUUCUCUCACGUCCUCAACAUGAGUUUUACCUGGGAGAUAACUACUUCGAGAUUGACAUCGAUAUGCAUAGGUUCAGUUAUAUCUCUAGGAAAGGUUUUCAAGCAUUCCUAGACAGGCUUAAAAUUUGUGUGCUGGAUAUUGGCCUCACAAUUCAGGGGAACAAAGUAGAAGAGUUGCCAGAGCAGAUCUUGUGCUGUAUAAGAUUAAACGGAAUUGAUUACAUGAAAUACCACCAAUUGGGGUUAAAUCAAGAGCCGUAAUCUUUAAGUGGAUAAACAUUGUAAGGCUUCCUUCUGAUCUAAUAAAGGGUAAUUGUUAGAGAAA